AGCGAAGCACUUACAUGUACAAUACCAACCGUUACGAUAUGAUUUAUAAAUCUAAAGUCCAUGAUAAGUGAUUCCUAUGCCCUUUGUUUUCAGAAAAAGAUUGAAAAUAUUACUUGUCACAUUUCAGUUAAUAUGACAACAUCAAAGACACGAACAGAGUUCGGCGUUUCCUCUAACUAAGAUGUGAACUGAAUGUGAAUAUCUCUCCGCUCGUGAACAGCCUGUAUUCAUCCACUCAGCCUGGAAGUAAGUAGACCCUUUACGUAGAGCCUGACGCUCACGUUUUGCCGGGGGGGCGGAGCCAGGUAUCCGCUAUAAUGACACGUAAGACUCCUGCGUAAAUUUUAAGGAAGACGCCUCACAUUUCCCGUAAUUGGAUGGUGGAUACGACUGCUUCUCCUCUGAGUUGAUGAGUAAUUGAGCUGUCUGGGACCAGUGGCUUCUUCUUCUGGAUCCGCAGAAGAGACGCACGAUUCUCGGGGAGAGCAGCCGACGCACAAGAUGAGGUUUUCGGCGCUCUUGUCUGUGCUGCGGUCGGUCGGCCCGGUGAUAAUCGGCAUUUCUUUGGGCUUCACGCUGAGUUUGUUAAGUGUAAACUGGACAGACGAAGCGUGUUAUGUGGACGUCAAGGAGGGCGAGGACACGAGUGUGGCUCAAGACGGACUGCUCAAAGGAGCCCGAAAGCCCAACUCCAUUUCCAGCCUCAACGAUGUGGAGUCAGAGGAGGAUUUUGAACCAAGGAUAGUUCCAUAUAAACAGGUCCAGAGUGCAGCGAAGAAAGUUUUCAGGGCUAGAUACAUAAGCACAGAGUUGGGGAUGCGAGAGCGUUUGUUUGUCGGGGUCCUGACAUCCAAAAACAGCAUAAACACAAUGGGUGUCGCCGUCAAUCGCACCAUUAGCCAUCACCUGGACUCGGUGAUCUUCUUCACCGGCACGCACAACCGCAAAGUCCCUCAUGGCAUGUUCACGGUUUCCCAUGGAGACGAGAGGCUGAUAUGGAACAUGUUUCAGACCGUCAAAUACAUCUUUGACCAUUACAUCAAUGAAUACGACUGGUUUUACUUUGUCCAAGACGACACCUACACCGAGGCGGACAGGAUCAAAACCCUGGUGGAUCACCUGAGUAUGGACCGAGAGCUUUACAUGGGCAGUCCCGAGGAGUUCAUCGGUGGGGAGAUGGAAGGGAAGUAUUGCUAUGGAGGCUUUGGAUACCUCCUGUCACGUACCUUGCUCCUGCGACUCCAGCCCUUCUUGGAAAACUGCAGGAACGACAUCCUGAGCGCCAGGCCCGACGAGUGGCUCGGGAGAUGCAUCAUCGAUUACACCAACAUAAAUUGUGUCGGUGAAUUUGAGGGGCAUCAGUACCACCAUUAUGAGUUGGGGAAAAACUCUGAUCCAAGCAAAGAGCAGAGUGAACAUUUCAAGACGGCUCUGACCGUGCACCCAGUCUCUGACCCCGAACAGAUGUAUCGGCUGCACAGAUUCUUCACCGAGAUUGAACUCCAGAAGACGUACGAUGAGAUCGCUAAGCUGCAGAAAGAAAUAAAGAACGUCAGUGUGGUUGCUUUUGAGGGCAACCGAAGUGCCCAUUGGCCGGUGGGGAUCAAUCCGCCUUUUGAGCCCAAAUCCCGGUUUGAAGUUCUGAAGUGGGAGUACUUCACAGAGGAAGAGAUCUAUUCAUGCAUUGACGGCUCCCCCAAGUGUGAGCUGCAGGGCGUUGACCGCAUGGACGUGGCCGAUGUCAUUGACACGGCCAUCCUCGAGCUGAACAAGAAGUACAAGCCUGUUUUACACUUGAAGAAGCAGCAUCUAAUUAAUGGUUACAGGCGCUUUGACCCCAUCAGAGGCAUGGAGUACACUCUGGACCUUCAGCUCGAGGUCGUUAACCAGAAAGGUCACAGUCGUUCCAUCAGCAAGAGGGUUCACCUGGUGCGACCUUUAAGCCAAAUAGAGAUAAUUCCCAUGCCCUAUGUCACUGAAGCCACAAGGGUUCACAUCAUUAUACCUCUGACUCUGAAGGACCGGGGCCAUGUCGACCAUUUGCUUGAAGUCUUCGCCUCAAACGCCUUUGAGACGAGUGAAAACGCCAUCCUGACGUUCUUGUUCAUUUAUGACCCCGUGGAGGCGCAGCAGGUCAAUCAGAACGACAUAUUUGCCAGUGUGAAGACUCAGAUUAACACUUAUGAACGCAAAUACCCCACAGUGAAAAUCCCUUGGAUAAGUGUCAAGACGGAAACACCCUCCCAGAUUAAGUUCAUGGACAUAAUCUCGAAGAAGCACCCAGUUGACACACUGUUUUUCUUGGCCAGCGUCACCACAACUGUCAAUACUGAAUUCCUGAACCGCUGCCGCAUGAAUUCCAUCAACAACUGGCAGGUGUUCUUUCCCAUUCAUUUCCAGGACUACAAUCCCGACGUGGCCUAUCACAACCAGCAGCAUCCGGCCACCGUGGACCUGGUCAAAGACGCAGGCCACUUUGACCGCAAGUCGUUUGACGAGUCGUGUUUCUACAACUCGGACUACAUGGCGACGCGCACGCGGAUGGCGGCCGACGUUCAAGAGAACGAGGAGAUCCUGGAGACGAUAGACAUCUACGACAUGUUCGUAAAGUACUCGGGUCUGCACGUGUUCAGGGCCGUGGAGCCGGCGUUGCAUCAGCAGUACCGCUACCAAGCCUGCAAUCCGCGCCUCAGCGAAGACGUCUACCACAGGUGUGUUCAGAGUAACUUGGAAGGUCUGGGUUCGCGCUCCCAGCUCGCGAUGCUGCUGUUUGAACAAGAGCAAGGAAACAGCACUUGAACGUACCACUGAAAAUGUCUGUCCUGCACUUGAUUUCAAACGGAUGUGAACCGCUAGAAUUUUUGGGGUGCGGUAAACACAGCUUCUGUUUGAAGAUGUGGUUACACGUCGUGCGUGAUCAAGGGUUAUUUGGUUUGUUCAUCGUGCAGUUACAUUCAUAAUGAAACUUUUUUUUUUGUAUAAGUGUUUACAUUACUCAUCCUUACAGAUGAGUACCAAGUACCAAAAAACUUUUGCUUGAGUUGUGUGGGGGUGAUUUUUGACCACUGGAGGGCAGAAACCCAAAGCAGCAGAGGCUUGAGGUACGAAAAGCUUCCCCCAAUUCUGCUUAAGGUGUUACACGAGCGGCCGGUGUUGCCUUCAUCUCAAAGUGUUCAGUGAAAUUCCAAUAAUCACAGUAAGGAUUUUAUUCUUGGCGUGUUCCACCAACUCCUCGAUUAAAUACCUCGCUCAGUACGACUUUGCAGACAGUAGGCUUGGUGGAACCAGUGUGCUUAGAACUGCCGCAUGAGAUUGGGGGGGGAUUAAACCAAUGGGGUCGACUACAGCGAGUAAACAGGGAGAAGCUUUCUUGCUUCUCGGUAGGAUCAGAACAACCAGCAGCUAUGUUUUCACAGUUCAUCGAAUGUUCAUUUGAUUGGAUUAUCAAAGAUAUUCAAAAAGGAGGUUUGUCGCAAAGUUUGAAUAGUUAGCUGAUGUCGUGUAUGGGCCUUUUUCCCAGUAGACGUUUUGAUGAUAUCUCAGUGCGACAUGACUGCGUUACAGUGAGUCAGCAGCGCGGUCAAGGCCAGGACCCUGACACUGAGGCGGCUAAAUGAAAUUCAGCGAUCGUUCAGCUUAUUAUUUACACCAGUUUUUGCUGCUGUGACAUUUAAAAUGUCCGCUGUGAAAAAGGCCCCUGUGCACCCACAGUUUGUUUGCCCUUUCACAUAAGGGCAACGAAACACUGAGCUUUUGAUAUUUACUGCUUUGUGUGUGUGUGUGUGUGUGUGUGUGUGUGUUUUUUUUUUUUUAAAAAGCACAUCUUUGUAUUUGUGCCUUGACACUGACUUUUCCUAUGCUGACUGUUUUUUGUUUUUUUUUAAAUCCAUUUGUCACACGUCUGACGUAUUUCAUUAUAAUUUUAGUAAUAAUUCCACUGUGGACGAAACCUGUCACUAUGAAAACAGCAUUUAUUACAGGAGGAGACUUGAAAAAUAUCGAUACGUGCCUCAAAUCAUGGAAGAUGAAAUUAUCAUCAGCAGUUCCUCAGUCUUCAGAGAUUAUCCUCGUCAGCCAGCAGUGUCUAUUCAGUUUUUCUGUGUUGCAAAAACAAAAGUAUACAUGCAUAAUGAAGUAAGCGGUACUUUAAAACUGAAUUAGUUAAGAAAUGACUGAAAAUACGAAUGUAAUAUGAAAUAUCUUUCCAUGUCACCAAGUAUAGACUUUUAGCGUGACUGCUCCAAAGUGUUGUUGUUUUUUUUACUGUAUUGUACAAACGUUUGUAAGUUAUUGAAUGUGUAAUGGUCUUCCAUUUACUGGCUACUUUCUCCCAGUUGCAGAAUAAUCCAGUGUGUGUGGGUUUUUGUGGAGCGAGCGGUGCCUGAUGGCAGGUAGUUAUUAGUAGAUAAUAAUGUGCAAUAUUACUGAUAACACACCUCGACAGAUGUCUGAUGGAGGACAUGACUUUUGAUGUCUUGAGAUAUUUGCUGCACACGUACGGCAGUGUGUGUAUAUAUCACAAAACUGUUCCUGACAUUGCAUAAAUUAAGACUUUAUUGCUGAGUAAAUACACUGUUAUCACUUUUUAAGAAGACCUUUUAACGUAUUUUGCCGACAAUACAUAAAGACCGGGGCGAGUCACUUUACGAAACUGCAAUAAGACCCUGAGUUAUAAACACUAAGUCCACGUUAGUUGAUCAUAAAACAGUGUUUAAUAUAUUCUGCUAUGUGAGCACAGACUUUAGUUUAGUUUAGUUCUGCAUUUAUAUUGCGACGCAUCUCUUCUGACGAGAGCAGUCUUUCAGUGUCUCCGUGAUUCUGUGUGACGUCAAUAAAACGAAGACUGGGAUCUUCCCAAAACCACUGUGAAAGUUAAGAGGGCUCGCAUGAAGUUGUUGUGUUGAUGUGCGUCAUCUUUGCCUCGAGUGUGGCAGACGAUUGACCUUGUGUCGGGGAUUCAGCCGCCGUCGCCGCCAUCGCUGAGCAGCAAACAUAUUUGUCACGUCUUUAUACAUUUCGCAGAUUCUAUGUACUUCUGCACGAACAGAGGCUAUUUCCUGUACAUUUAUAAAUAUUCUAUAGACACUAUUUUCCAACCUUUUUUUUUUUUUUUUUACGAUUUAUUAUUCCUUUGUUGACACAAAUAUAUGCUGCAUCUUUCUUUGUACUUGUUCUGAAAAGCAUUUCUAUUUUUUACCAUGAAGACCAUUUUAAAAUGUGUGUUUUUUCUCCUUGAAUCAACAAAAUCAUUUCAAAGAUGUAGGCACGGACAUUCAUUCCCUAUUGAUGUUCCAACGCAGCGGUUUACAUUUUAUGGUACUAUCCUAACCAAAGCAAUACAUUUUAAACUCACGCUCCAUCCAUUUAUUUGUGUGCUGUAAUUCCUUAAUAAACUGUGAAUUAUAAUAAUUUUUAAAUAAAGAAUAUUUCAGUAUAAA